AUGGAAGAACGAGAGCAGAGAAGGCUACGCAUAAAAUGGACACCGAAUCUUAAUAAGAAAUUCAAUGAAGCUAUCCGCAGAUUAGGAGAAAAAGCCACUGCCAUACCGAUCUUGGAGUAUAUGAAUGUGCCACAAUUAAAGCGCAAACAGGUUGAGAACCGUCUACAGCAAUACAGAGUACAGAAACGACAAGCUCAACUAGCUCAACAUGCUUCUUCUUCUUUACUUCUAGGAAAUCAUCCUAAUGUACUAAAUUCUCAUGAGCCUUAUGAACUUCAACACACCACCUCAAGAAUCAUCCUUACCCCAAACACAUGCAAUACCUUCAUUAGUUCCACCAAAUGA